AAUUUGUUAGUAUAGUUUUGCGUAAUUUCUAAGAUACGAGGUAUAUAAUAAAGUAGUACCGUUGUCUUAAAUAGACCAAGUGUGCCGGUAACUCAGUAAUUUAAAUUUGAAAUUCGCUUUUAAUUUGUUUUGCGGUUUUAGACAGUUUUUAAAUGACAAGGUUUUUAAAUUUGUUUCAAGAUGCCGAAACCUCCAAAGUCUGUCAGGGGACCUGGAUCAACACUUGGAACAAAAGCCAGUAAAGGAGGAAAAGGAACAAGAACUCAAAGACUAAGGGAAGAUGAUGAUCUGACUGAAUUGGGCGAUUUAGGUGAUGAAUAUGUUCAAGGUCGAACACUCGUUAAACCAGAUGACCAAUUGGAAUUGUCAGAAGCAGAAUUAAAAGAAGAAUUCACAAGAAUUUUGACUGCAAAUAAUCCUCAUGCACCCCAAAAUAUUGUUCGAUUUAAUUUCAAGGAACGAACGUUUAAACAAACAUCCAGUGUAGAGCAGAUUGCAAUUCAUUUUGCAUUAGAUGGGAACAUGCUUCAUAAAGACAGUGACGAAGCAAGAAGACAAAGGGCAAAGGCAGGGGUUGGAGAAAGCACAAGCGAGGCUGCAUUGAGUGAGGUAGGAGAAGAAGCAGAAGUUGCUGCUGAAGGAGAAGAAGGAGAGAAAGAAGAAGCAGCAGAACAACAACCUCCUGCUAAGAAAGAAAGUUUAAGAAAUCAAUUCAACUUCAGUGAAAGAGCUUCACAGACAUUUAAUAAUCCUUAUAGAGAACGAGCAACUGCUACUGAACCACCACCAAGAGCAAACUUUUCAGCAACAGCAAAUCAAUGGGAAAUUUAUGAUGCUUAUCUGGAAGAUAUACAGAAACAGGAAAAGAGCAAAGAAAAAGCCAAACAACUUCCUACAUACAAGAAAGAUGAUGAGAAAACGAAGAAGAAACUGACUGUCAUUGAAACAUCCAGUGAUGAUAUUUCAAGAGUAUCGAGAGCAUCAAAGAUAAUCGAGAGAAUGGUGAAUCAGAAUACAUUUGAUGACAUUGCACAAGAUUACAGUUAUUUUGAAGAUGCAUCCGAUGAAUACAGAGAUCAAGAGGGGACAUUGCUUCCUCUUUGGAAGUUUUCAUUUGACAAAGCAAAACGACUGGCAGUAACUUCAUUAUGUUGGGACCCAAAAUACAACGACUUGUUUGCUGUUGGACACGGAUCAUAUGAUUUCACCAAACAAGGAAGAGGAAUGUUGCUAUUUUAUUCAUUGAAAAACCCAUCAUAUCCAGAAUAUGUUUACUCUACAGAAAGUGGUGUAAUGUGUCUUGACAUUCAUCCUGAUUAUCCGUACUUAAUUUCAGUGGGAUUCUAUGAUGGCAGCGUUGGUGUGUACAAUGUGCAGGAGAAAGCUCGUGGUGCUAUAUACAAAAGUACCGCAAAAACUGGAAAGCACACAGACCCGGUUUGGCAGGUCAAAUGGCAGAAAGAUGACUUGGACAACAAUCUCAACUUCUUUUCAGUAUCAUCUGAUGGAAGAGUUGUAUCAUGGACUUUAGUUAAAAAUGAAUUGAUAUUCACUGAUGUCAUAACACUGACAGUCAGCGAUAUUCCUGCUGAGGGACCAGAUGGAACACAACUUCAGUUAUUGGGAUGUGGUACUUCAUUCGACUUCCACAAGAAAGUUGACUACCUGUUUUUGGUUGGCACUGAAGAAGGAAAGAUUCAUAAAUGUUCGAAAGCAUAUUCGAGUCAAUUCCUUGAUACAAUUAAUGCUCAUCAUAUGGCAGUUGAUGCUGUGAGGUGGAAUCCCUUUCAUCCAGAUAUUUUUAUCUCAUGCUCAGCAGACUGGACUGUGAAAAUCUGGGAUCAUAAUUACAGUGAUCAACCAAUGUUCACCUUCGAUUUGAAUAGUGCUGUGGGUGAUGUUGCUUGGGCUCCUUAUUCUUCAACCAUAUUUGGUGCCGUCACAGCUGACGGAAAGGUUCAUGUGUAUGAUCUCAACACAAAUAAAUAUGAGGCAUUGUGUGAACAAUCUGUAGUACAGAAGAAAAAGACUAAACUUACUCAUAUUGAAUUCAACCCCAAACAAAUGAUUGUUAUUGUUGGAGAUGAACGUGGAUAUGUCACAAGUGCAAAACUAUCACCAAAUCUACGAAAAGUACCAAAGAAAAAGAAAGGUGAAGAAAACACACCAAUCGAUCCAGAAAUUGAAGUUGCUAAAUUGGAUAAAAUUCUUAGUCUUGUCAGAGAACCUGACAACAGAGAUAACAAGUGAAAACAGUAACGAAUAAAACAAUUAUUUUUCUUGAUAUAACAACUUGUUGACCAAUGGACAAGGGCUUCGGUAUUUGUUGAUAUGUAGAUAAGGCACUUUUUAUUAGCAAUUUGUUACACUGUUUUAAUAAAAUAUAUAUUUGUUCUAAAUUUUA